AUGUCGGAGCUGCCGGGCCCUCCACCUGUCAUCUUGUGUUCGGGAAGCUCCCCGAAGCGCGUCUUGGUCUCGGUCAUCAAAACCACCCCAGUCAAGCCGUCACUCGGCAGCAGAGAGGAUCCCGCCCGCGUGCCCGUGCCGCCGCCGCCGCCGCCACCCAUCCCUACCAGCCCGGGCUUCAGCGACUUCAUGGUCUACCCAUGGCGCUGGGGGGAAAAUGCGCACAACGUCACCCUCAGUCCUCCGCCCGCCGCAUCUCAGCCGCUCCGCGAGGGAGGAGGCAACGGCGACGGGCUCCGAAGCGCGGUCGAGCGCUCCACCGGAGACGACGAAGAAGCGGGGAGCCCUGACAGCGGCACUGGGAGCAACGGGCACUUGAGGGAUGGGAUUAGAAGAGGUCGACCAAGAGCAGAGACAGUCCGAGAUCUAAUAAGUGAGGGAGAGCAUUCAUCUAGCAGGAUACGUUGUAAUGUCUGCAACAGAGUUUUCCCAAGAGAGAAGUCUUUGCAGGCACACAAAAGAACACAUACUGGUGAAAGACCUUAUUUGUGUGAUUACCCAGAGUGUGGGAAAGCUUUUGUUCAGAGUGGGCAACUUAAAACACAUCAGCGUCUCCAUACAGGAGAGAAGCCUUUUGUCUGUGCAGAAAAUGGAUGUAUAAGCAGAUUCACACAUGCAAACCGCCAUUGCCCCAAGCAUCCAUAUGCAAAAUUAAGACGAGAAGAACCUACAGACAGACUGAACAAAAAGCAAACUGCAGACAACAAAGCUGUUGCUGAAUGGCUGACAAAGUAUUGGGAAAUGAGAGAACAACGCACUCCUAUAUUGAAAAAUAAAUCUAUUCAUAAGCCUGACCAGGAGCAGCAAGAUCCCAUGGAAUAUCUUCAGUCUGAGGAUGAGGAAGAAGAGGAAAAAAAUACUGCUCAUUCAUCCCUUUGUAGCCGCCUUCAAGAACAGCGUGAACGCUUACAUGGGGCACUGGCACUCAUUGAGCUUGCCAAUUUGGCUGGAGCCCCACUGCGACAGUAAUAGAAAACUUGGAGUGUGGAUU